AUGAGUUCCGGCAGCAAUGACUCCGAUCCCACCCGUGUCGUCGUCACUGGGUUGGGUGUCAUCUCGGGUUGCGGUAUUGGACACGACGAUUUCUUUCAAGCAUGUUUGGACGGAAAGUCCAGUCUCGGAGUCGUCCAGCGUUUUGACGUUACCCACUAUCCCUGCCAAAUCGCCAGUGAAGUUCCCGAUCACAUGUUCGACCCCAACGACUUUUUCGUCAAUCCCAAAAACGUCCGUUCCAACGAUCGCUUUACGCAUUUUGCCGUCGCGGCGGCUCGACAAGCCGUCCAAGACGCCGGUCUCGGCGAUACGCCCGAAACUUUACAAAACCCGGACCGGGUAGGAUGCAUGGUGGGUACCGCCUUUGGGGGCGUGGAAACCUUUGAACGUGAAACACUCAAGCUGGCACAGAAACCCGAACGACCCAAGGUCUCACCCUUUACCAUCCCCGCACUCCUCGGCAACACAGCAUCUGGUGUUAUUGGCAUUGAAAUCGGGUGUCGUGGACCAAACUAUGGUGUCACGUCCGCCUGUGCCAGUGGUGGACACGCCAUUGGAGAAGCCAUGGGCAUGAUUCUCGAUGGGCAUGCCGAUGUUAUGAUUGCCGGCGGAACCGAGGCCACCAUUACACCACUCUGUUUUGCGGGAUUUUCUGCCAUGAAGGCCAUGAACACGAACUGCAAUGAUAAUCCGAAAGCAGGAUCCCGACCAUUCGAUGCCGAUCGAGCGGGUUUCGUCAUGGGCGAAGGUGCCGGUGUCGUCGUACUGGAGAGUUUGGCGUCGGCCAAGGCCCGCGGCGCCCGGAUUUAUUGCGAACUCGUUGGCUACGGUGCCAGCUGUGAUGCGCAUCACAUUACAACUCCCGCUCCUGAAGGCCGAGGUCUGGCGACGGCUAUGGAGAUGGCCCUGGAUCAGGCCGGUAUUGCCAAGACGGACGUCAGUUACGUGAACGCACAUGGUACGUCGACAGCCUACAACGAUAAGUUCGAAACCAUGGCUCUCAAGAGUGUUUUUGGUGAGCAUGCGACCAACAAGGAUGGAACCUUCGUGGUAUCGUCAACCAAAAGUGUAACGGGGCAUACACUGGGUGCCGCGGGUGGUUUGGAAGCGGUUGUGGCCGCCAAGAGCAUUCUGCACGGCAUGGUACCGCCAACCAUCAACCUGGAAACGCCCGACCCAGAGUGCGAUUUGGAUUACGUUCCCAACGUUAAACGAGAAAUGGAGGUCAAGGCUGCCAUGAGUACCAACCUCGGAUUUGGGGGGCACAAUGCCGCCAUUCUUUUCAAAAAGUAUCAAGAGUAA